GAGACUCUCCAGCUCCGGGGAGGCGGUGGCGGCGCCUGGAAGCGGUCGGGCGGCUCCCCCCGCGGGCAGUUGCCAUCUUCUAAAUGGAUUCCAGUGAAUUUCCAGGAUCUUUAGACCCCUUGUCCUUGCCCGACAAACCACUUAUUGGUGAUCUUCCUGCUGACAUGGAGUUUGGUGAAGAUCUCCUGGGCUCCCAAACAGCUUCUACUGAGGAAGUUUCAGUACUUCAGCCCCCUGACUGGGAUCAGUCCAAGCAGAUGACUGCAGAUGGGAACUUGGGCCUUCUAGUGAAAGCAGACAGCCUGUCUGAACUAAGCAAAUCAAACAACCUUGUUCCAGAUAAACCAGCUGUCUUAGAUAUGCUGGAGAAACCUGAUGUCUUGGAUGACUCGGAUAAAACUGCUGACUUGGUGGAGCUGGAUAAAUCAGAGGGUCUGGAUGUGCUGUAUAAGGUACAUCCUUCCCAGGAAGUGGAGGAUAGGCCAGCAGACUCCUCUGCCCUCUCUAGGGAAGCCCUUGUUCCAGAAACAUGGAAAGAAGGGGGAGAUUCACCAAGAAGUGAUUCUGGGGAUAUUAAGAAAGAUGGUGCUGCUGCUAUUCCUGCACUGUCUGAUGACAACACGCCUGAAUCACCCCGACAACCUGUUCCUGACUCUGGGAACCUCACCAGUGCCCCAGCCAUGGAAGAAAAGACAGAGCAAUCCUCAAGUCUGCCAAUGGCCCCCUCCCAACCCAGUCUUAAACAGACAAAGAAGACAAGGUUGAAGGCAGCAAGGAAAAGCUCACCCAUGCAGAGGGAAGGGCCAACAGGGGAGUCAGAGGUGGAACUGAGCAUGGGCAGCAGAACUGCAGCUUUGCCCCCUGAGCCCACGGAGGAAAACCAGGCAGAGGAAGAGGAUAAUAGUGGGAACAGCUCACUUAAAGAAAAUAGUGUACUGAAAGCCCAGGAAGCCACACCACCUGCAGGAGAAGGCCUGUCUGGGAAGGGAAACGAGCUGCCAACUGAGAAGGAGCAGAAAAGAAGUGAACGAGCUAGAAGAUCAGAAGCUGCUAGGCCUGAAACUGUGAACUCCUCAGAGAGCAUUCCGGUCUCUGACGAAGACUCUGAUGCCAUGGUGGAUGAUCCCAAUGAUGAGGAUUUUGUUCCUUUUCGUACCCGCCGCUCAACUCGCAUGUCUUUACGCACUCAGCUGGCUCAGCGAGCUGCCCGCUCUACUGCCACCAAGAUGACUUGUGCCAACUGCCACACACUGCUGCAGAAGGGCCAGACUGCCUACCAGCGGAAAGGGCUCCCUCAGCUCUUCUGCUCCAGCUCCUGUCUCACCACCUUCUCCAAAAGACCACCUGGCAAGAAGAUAUGCACCUUCUGUAAAAAGGAGAUCUGGAACACCAAGGACUCUGUGGUUGCCCAGAUCGGUUCAGGAGGUUCUUUCCAUGAGUUCUGCACCUCUGUCUGCCUCUCCCUCUACGAGGCCCAGCAGCACAGACCAGCACAUCAAUCUACAGAUGUAUUGGACACCAGCCGCUGCAGUGUCUGCUACAGACCUGGUGAGAUCCAGCAUGAGGUCAGCAAUGGGAGCGUGGUUCACCGCAUCUGCAGUGAUGCCUGCUUCACUAAGUUCCGGGCCACCAAGGGGCUGAAAACCAACUGCUGUGAUAACUGUGGACUUUACAUCUACAACAAGGGCUUGCCGCUGGAGUACCUCUUCCACGAAGGCCAGCAAAAACGCUUCUGCGACUCUGCCUGUCUCAACAGUUAUAAGAAAAAGAACACUCGGGUCUACCCGUGUAUGUGGUGCAAGACACUGUGCAAGAACUUUGACAUGCUGCCCAAUGUGGAUCGCAGUGGCAAGAUGGGCCUGUUCUGCUCCAUUUGCUGCACUACCUCCCACAAAGUGAAGCAGUCAGGCUUGGUUGGUGCCCCUAGACCCUGCAGCUUCUGCAGAAAGAGUUUAUCUGAACCCUGCUAUUACAACAAGACAGACCGGGUUGUCUACCAGUUCUGCAGCCCCAGCUGCUGGACCAAAUUCCAGAGGGAUGGCAGCUUGAAAGCCUGCCUUCCUGAGAAGAGCUGGACCCAGUACACUGGAAGAGAAGUGAAAUUGCACAAGAAUCUGCUUGCCAAGAGCUUGAAACGUGAUGGACUAACUCGCACCAGCCCGGAAGGUGGGAUCCACCUCAACUGCCAUUACUGCCACAAUCUUUUCAGUGGGAAGCCGGAGAUCCUGGACUGGCAGGACAAGGUGUAUCAGUUCUGUUGCAAGGACUGCUGUGAGGACUUCAAGCGGCUGCAUGGGGUGGUGUCUCAGUGUGAGCACUGCAAGCAGGAGAAGCUGCUGCAUGAGAAGAUCCGCUUCUCUGGAGUGGAGAAGAACUUCUGCAGCGAAGGGUGUGUGCUUCUUUACAAACAGGAUUUCACCAAGAACCUGGGCCUGUGCUGCAUCACGUGCACCUACUGUUCUCAGACCUGCCAGCGGGCGGUCACCGAGCAGCUGGAGGGCAGUACCUGGGACUUCUGUAGUGAAGACUGCAAAAGCAAAUACUUGCUCUGGUACUUCAAGGCAGCUCGGUGCCAUGCCUGCAAGCGUCAGGGGAAGCUGCUGGAAACCAUCCACUGGCGGGGGCAAAUCAAACACUUCUGCAACCAGCAGUGUCUGCUGCGAUUUUACAACCAACAGAACCAGCCCAACCUGGACACGCAGAAGGGGCCCGAGAGCCUGCUGAACAGUCAGACUUCAGAGCCGAAGCCACCUGCUCCUUCCCUACAGAAGACAGGGACUAACACGCUCUCAGCAAAGGCCUCAGCCCAGAUGUCUCCAGCUGCGCCACCACCCCCUGCCCCUGUGCUUCCAGCCACCCCUCGGAAAAACAAAGCUGCCAUGUGUAAGCCACUGAUGCAGAACAGGGGUGUUUCCUGCAAGAUAGAAAUGAAGUCCAAAGGAUGUCAAACAGAGGCUGACUGGAAGCCCCAGGUGAUUGUGUUGCCAAUCCCUGUCCCGAUCUUCGUGCCUGUGCCUAUGCAUAUGUACUGCCAGAAAGUACCUGUGCCUUUCUCCAUGCCUGUCCCGGUACCUGUGCCAAUGUUCCUGCCCACCACGCUGGAGAGCACAGAUAAGAUUGUGGAGACUAUUGAGGAGCUGAAGGUGAAGAUCCCCUCCAAUCCCCUGGAGGCUGACAUCCUGGCCAUGGCUGAAAUGAUUGCAGAGGCUGAGGAACUGGACAAGGCCUCCUCAGACCUGUGCGACCUGGUGAGUAACCAAAGUGCAGAGGGUCUCCUGGAGGACUGUGAUCUGUUUGGACCAGCACGGGACGAUGUGUUGGCUAUGGCUGUCAAGAUGGCAAAUGUUCUCGAUGAGCCGGGCCAGGACCUGGAGGCUGACUUCCCUAAGAACCCUCUAGACAUCAACCCCAGUGUGGACUUUCUAUUUGACUGUGGACUGGUGGGACCAGAUGAUGUGUCCACAGAGCAAGAUCUGCCUCGUGCUGUCCGAAAGGGGCAGAAGCGUCUGGUGCUCUCUGAAAGCUGUUCCCGGGACUCAAUGAGCAGCCAGCCCAGCUGCACAGUGUUGAACUACUCGUACGGUGUGAAUGCCUGGAAGUCCUGGGUGCAAGCCAAGUACGCAGGAGGAGAGACGAGCAAGGGAGAAGAGCUACGCUUUGGCCCCAAGCCCAUGAGGAUCAAGGAAGAUAUUUUGGCCUGCACGGCAGCUGAGCUCAACUAUGGCCUGGCCCAGUUUGUCAAGGAGAUAACACGGCCCAAUGGGGAGCGCUACGAACCAGACAGCAUCUAUUACCUCUGCCUUGGCAUUCAGCAGUACCUGCUCGAGAACAAUCGUAUGGUGAAUAUAUUUACAGACCUUUACUACCUGACCUUCGUGCAGGAGCUGAACAAGUCCCUGAGUGGCUGGCAACCCACGAUCUUACCAAAUAACACAGUUUUCUCACGUGUUGAAGAGGAGCACCUCUGGGAGUGCAAGCAGCUGGGUGUUUACUCACCCUUUGUGCUCCUCAACACCCUCAUGUUCUUCAACACCAAGUUCUUUGGGCUGCAGACAGCAGAGGAGCACAUGCAGCUGUCCUUCACCAACGUGGUGCGCCAGUCCCGCAAGUGCACCACGGCACGUGGCAUGUCAAAGGUGGUGAGCAUCCGCUACUAUGCUCCUGCCAAGCAGAAGAAAGGCCGAGAUGGUAGCUCUGGAAAGCGGAAACGUGAAGAGGAGGUACCAGUGCUGGAGCAGCGGGAGAACAGGAUGAACCCACUUCGAUGCCCAGUCAAGUUCUAUGAGUUUUACCUCUCCAAAUGUCCCGAGAGUCUGCGGACCCGCAACGAUGUCUUUUACCUGCAGCCCGAACGUUCCUGCAUCGCAGAGUCCCCACUCUGGUACUCGGUCAUCCCCAUGGACCGGAGCAUGCUGGAGAGCAUGCUGAACCGCAUCUUGGUCGUGAGGGAGAUCUAUGAGGAGCACAGUCGUCUCAGUGGUCUGGAGGAUGACAUGGACUAAGAGGGAGGUGCUGCCAGGCUGGCUAUGCCCCAGCCCUGGAUGCCUCAUGUCUCUGCCUCCUGCUACAGGCUGGGGGCUGUGCAGCGUGUGAGGGAAUGGUGCUGCAGCAGUGCUGUCCCUUCAUUGUUACUGGACUUGGACAUCCCAUCCUGCUCAUCCACAGGCCUCCCCUCUGUACGUGGCCCCCACGCUCAGUCCUGCCCCCUCUCCUGGCUGCUGGGUGAGCGUCUUUCCCAGGGCCAGCCCCCACAGCACAAGGGGGCAGAACCUCUGGGGCAGCUUCACUUGCCAAGCCCUGUCCUCCCCUACCCAGAGCCCUGACACUACUCCCUCUGAACUGCACAAUAUUGAAGAGCAUUGUCUGGGACCAGUGACCCUGAGGUUUUUAGUUCCCCCCUUCCUUUCACCUCCCCUGAGGAGGCUUCAGGUGCCACAGCAGGAAGGGUAGCUCUGCUGCUGCAGCAGGAUGGUGCUUUUGAGCCAGUUGGGAAGGACCCUUGGCAUCCUGAGAGCUGCUGUGUCAGAGAAAGAGCUUGUUCCCAGGGUGGGAGAGGUUCCUGUGCUGGAACACAAGGGCAGAGCCCUGGCCUCACUGAGGGGACACUUCCUGUGUACACCACUGGGCCACCUGCCUCAGUUUUGUUAAUGUUUUCUGAGUUGGUGGAAAAUUGAUGGAGACGGGUCUGUGCCAUCGCUGCUCCCCUUUCCCCACUGUCCCCUGUCCUGGCCCAACCUCCCUUCCUGGGUGCAAGGUGCCAUCUGUGGGGUCCCUCUGCUGCCUCUCUCGGCUCAGGCAGCUGCUGGCAGAAGCAAGGAGCACUGCCUGGCCUGCACCUUCCCUCCUGCAGCAGCAGGGUGCCCGAGCCUGGCCCCAGCUGUGCUGCUGCCUCCUGCCCCUCCUUGUGUUUUGGUCGGUUUUCUUCAGCUGUACAUGGGUCUCCUGUUGAGCCUGUAUAUAUUGUUCUGGUCCCUGGCUUGGGACCAUCUGUCCUCUGUUUCCAUGUGGAGAGUGAGCCACUCAUGUUGUAGUGAUGCCAGGGCAGUAGGACUAACCCUGUGUCUCUGGAAGCCAUUCAUUUCAAAUAAAGAUGCAGAAAACUUUU